GUUAUGAUGUUAAAUUCGGCUUACAAUACUGCCAAUUAAUCAUGUUAAAACGGUUAAAAUAAACAUUUAGCCCAUAUACUGUUAAAAUAGAUUUAGCUCGCGCACUUUCUUCAAGAUGUCAUCUGGCGCAAAGACGCUAACUAACAAGAAACCCAAAGUAACUGUUGAAAACUUAAAAAAACAUUGCUUGACAUUUAAAAUGCAUGCCGAAUGUGAGCCUGUAUCCAAGUAAUGUUUGCUGUACCUUUAAUCACAUUGAAGCAAGUGUUUCUACUUGCUAGUAACAAAGACAACUUAAAAUCAUAUGAUUUGUCUAUUAAAUGUUGCUUUACUUUUUUCUUGAGGCCUGAUUAGUUCCAUGUUCUUAUAGUUAAUUUCCCCCAAUUAAAUUGUAAAAAAUUCAAUUGUUAUUCGUAUUUUUGUUAACAAAUCUAUUUGAAGAAAAACAUAAGGAUGUUUUACAAUGCAAUAAAUACAAAAAGGAUAUCACCUACCGUAAAAGAUUCGAAGCUUUACGGUAGACGGAGGCGGGACUAAACUUUAACCAGGAAGUUUACAACACCGCUCCAUGUUUACACGUUUGUGCGUUCACGUGGAGUAGAUAUUUACUAUUAAAAUGUCUUCAAAGAAAAAUAAAAGCAAAUCGAAAAGAGCGAGUGAAAGUGACAGUUCGCUCUUAUCGAAGGAGGGCUCAAAUGACUCCUCCAACCUGCAGACACCUGGCCACGAAGGAGGAAGCUGCAAAAGUUUAAACAUCAACUCGUUCACUGUCAUCGAUUUCAUUGAAAAAGCGGAUGACAAAACACCCAAAAGUUGCAGAUCAACUUUAGUCCAACUGAGCCUCAAUUCCAUGAAGUCAGCCAGCGUUUGCAUCGGGCGACCAGUCCUGCUGACGAGUCCCACAGGACAACAAGAGGUGUGCUUAGGUUGGCCGGUUGCCUCCUUUCCUGGCGGAAAAGUUGGUCUUCAGAAAUGUGCUCAGAAUAACCUCAGAGUGAAGUCAGGGAACGAGGUGAUGCUGCACCCACUAACAGGUCCGGUGCUUCAGGCUGAGGAGGUGGUCCUCUCUAACAGGUCAAAAGAUGACACACUAGAGACAGAGGAGUUCAAGAACUUCUUUCUGAGGUCCCUGGUUGGGUCCAUCAUUUUGCCUGGGAAUGUCAUCCCCCUGACCUACUUCGGCCGGUCAUGCAGUCUACGGGUCGAGACCAUACGAGGGGAGGACGGAGUCACCCUCCACAGACCAGCUCCUCCCCCAGAACUUGGCCCUGACACGGACGAGUCCUGCGUGAUGACCUCCGCGCUGGACUCCACGUCCACCGACCUCUCCCUGCAGCUCAGCUUGCUCACCGUGGAUGACAGCAGCGCUGACGGGCCACCAAGCACGCCCGGAGAGCCGGGUCCUGCAGCCAGCACCCCGCGCCGACCAGCCCACCUGCCUUCUCUCUCCUCACCCGCUGCUCCUUGCACCCCAUCCUGCAACUCCCAGAAUCCUCCUGCAGAGACAGCAGAGAAUGCCGUCAGUCUGGAGGGCUCCCUAAGCUCAGAUCAGGCAGAGAAAACCCCCACAGCUCCCCCUGGUGGCGCACUGAGUACUGACACCUUCUACUGCCUGUCCUUCUCCACUAAAGUCAGUUUCCGAGACAGAGCAGGGCAGGAGGAUGCAGAUGCAGAAGCCAAAAGGUCAAAGGUCAAAUACAGCAUGAUUGGCGGGCUCAGCAGCCAGUUGGAUGUCAUCAGAGAGACCAUUGAGCUUCCUCUGAAACACCCCGAGUUGUUCUCCAACUAUGGGAUUCCACCUCCGCGAGGGGUGCUUCUGUAUGGUCCCCCGGGCACAGGAAAGACUAUGAUUGGACGAGCCAUAGCCAAUGAGGUUGGAGCUCACAUGACGGUGAUCAACGGCCCCGAGAUCAUGAGCAAAUUCUACGGGGAAACAGAAGCGAGGCUGAGGCAGAUAUUUACUGAAGCGUCUCAGAGACAACCUGCGAUAAUCUUUAUUGAUGAGCUGGACGCUUUGUGCCCAAAGCGAGAGGGAGCGCAGAAUGAGGUGGAGAAACGAGUCGUUGCUUCUCUUCUGACUCUGAUGGAUGGGAUUGGUUCAGAGGGUCACUCAGGUCAGCUGUUGGUCCUGGGGGCCACAAACCGGCCUCAUGCCCUCGACCCGGCCUUGCGCCGACCAGGGCGCUUUGACAAGGAGCUGGAGGUGGGAGUUCCUAGUGCUGCAGAGCGCGCAGAUAUUUUGCAAAAGCAGCUGAACUUUUUACCGUGCACAGCCACCACCGAGGAGGUGAUGCAGCUGGCCGAUGCCGCUCAUGGAUACGUAGGAGCAGACCUCGCAGCUGUUUGCAAAGAAGCAGGUUUGCAUGCACUGAGGCGAGCUCUGGGAGGGUCUCCCCAACCAUCAGACCAGCAGCUGAUGGGGACGGUGACCGUCACUCGGCAGGACCUCCAGUGGGCCAUGUCUGUUGUGAAGCCAAGUGCCAUGAGGGAGGUUGCUAUCGACGUCCCAAAGGUCCGCUGGUCAGAUGUAGGCGGGAUGGAGGAGGUGAAGCUAAAACUGAAGCAGGCCGUGGAGUGGCCUCUGAGGCACCCUGAGGCCUUCAUCCGCAUGGGGAUCCAGCCACCUAAAGGCGUCCUGCUUUAUGGGCCCCCAGGCUGCUCCAAGACCAUGAUAGCCAAGGCCCUGGCUAAUGAAAGUGGGCUCAACUUCCUGGCUAUUAAAGGUCCAGAAUUACUGAGCAAGUAUGUUGGAGAGUCUGAGAGAGCUGUGCGAGAGGUGUUUAGGAAGGCAAGGGCUGUCGCUCCCUCCAUCGUCUUCUUUGAUGAGAUUGACGCUCUGGCCAGUGAAAGAGGAAGCUCUUCGGGCUCCAGUGGUGUAGGCGACCGGGUCCUGGCUCAGCUCCUGACAGAGAUGGACGGCAUCGAGCAGCUCCGAGACGUCACUGUGCUGGCCGCCACCAACCGGCCCGACAUGAUCGAUAAGUGAUUGCCCAGGUUAGCGGAGGUGUACCCAACUGCUUCCAUCACUUCUUGUGUGUGCAACUAAGUGCAGCACCAGGAAUGCCUUUGAGGAGAGACUGUCCAAAGGUGUGCACCUUUAUCCUCAUUUGUUCAAUUCAUAGUGCCUCACCCCUCAUUAGGAAGACUUUUAGCCCCGUCUUUGAGUGUGGCUGUCCUGAACAGCUAUGAAAACUUGCCUUUACACGCAGUCGGACGACACUCUGUAUGAACCAGUUCAUUUUAAGCAAAAUUGUCUUUACCCCUGAGUUACUACUUUAUAAAAACAACCACAUCUGGUUUCUCUUGCCGAGAAAGUACAGCAUGUUGUUUACAAAGGAGAGUGGAUAAAAAGAUAAAUUUGACUUCCUUUGCAUUCCACUGACUCUUAUUUCCUGUUUAUUAUAGGUGAGAAAUUACUAUUUGGCAACUUUGGGAAAUAUUUGAUUGUAGCAGUCAAGUCAGCCACUUUCGUUGUUGAUAGCUCUGCUCUGAAAAUCAUUUGGUUGAUUAAAAGCAAAAGUGACUUUCUAGACGUACAGACAAAAAAAAUGGUUCUGGUCCUGCUGAAAUUUAUGUCUGCAUGUUU